ACGUAUUUUAAAUAAGAGAUAUAAGAGUCGACUCUUAGCCGAAAAACAUAAAAAAACACAAAAAAAGUUAAAUCAUGAGUUAAAAACCCAAAAUUAAAAAUCUGGAUUAAUCAUGCUCUAAGUUUCUCUAAUCAAUCUAGCAAUUAAAAAAAAAUCCUCUCAAAUUUUUAUGUUUUUCUAAAAUUUUCCUGGUUUUCUAAAAUCUUCUGUUAUAUUUUUCUUUAAGAGUUUUUGGGUUAUCUGAUUGAUAAUGGAAAUUUCUAAUGUGUGGAAUCAAAUAAGUAGAAUGUAACGUCAUAUUAUUGAUGUGAUUUCCCUCUCAAAUUUCCAAUUUUUCGUUGUAAGAAAAUAAAAUUCCAUGUUUUUCUAAAAUCUUAAAACCUGCUUGCGUGUUUGUAUAAUUGUCUGUUUGUUUGUAUGUCUACGUGUUUUCUUGUUUUUGGGUUUGCUUGGUUGCCUCUCUGAUUGUGUGCUUUUGUCAAAGCUUUUUUCAUUAUACUCAAACACAAAUCUCCUUUUGUCUGAUGAUUUGUUUGAACGACUACGAGGGUCAUGGACUCAUGAUACCCCAACCUGCGAGAUGCUGUUAAGUUGGAUGAGGCGGUUUAAGUUGUGCGGCAAAUGGUGGAGCUGGUUGUAUUCAUGAUCUGGAAAGUGAUGAUUAUUCAAUGUGUUUUGUUAGAAGAAAUAUUAGGGAUGUGGUGAAGCCAAAGAAGAUUGAUUUACGGCCACAUAGGAUUCAAUAUGAGCUGGAUUUAAUAAUGUUCACAUAAAAAGAGCCAUCAAAACAUAAUAAAAUAAAUUGUUCAUGUUCCUUUAUAUUUGAUUGUUUCAUCCUAAAUUUAUUUAUUUGUUUUUACUUCAAAAAAAUUCCGAAAAUCUUGGAAACUAUUAGAGGACUAAAAAAGUUGUUAGAGAGAGAGACCAAACAAAACUGCAGAUGAUUGAUUUGCAAUGGAUUUUGAUUAUUGAGGAAAGAACAAGAAGAAAGAAAGAUUAAAAAAAGACAGAAAAAACUCAAAAACCAUAUUUCAUCUCUUUUAUUUGGUUAAUGCCACAUAAAACAAACUCAUAAUUUAUGAAAACUUAAGUUAAAAUAUUAGAAUCUUGGAGAAACUAUUGUUUUUUCUUGAAGAUAGGCUUCAUGUGUGGCUUUUGAGACAAUGCAGAGGGAGAGAAUGAGCAAGAAGAAGAGUAGUCAGGUUCAUUGUAUUUCCUCUCAUGAUCAUAUUCUCAUGAUGGCUUCAACUUCAAAACACAUUCCUGAGAUCAGAUUGUACAAAGCCUGGAAGGGUAACAACAGAUUUUUCUGUGGUGGGAGACUAAUCUUUGGUCCUGAUGUUAACUCUCUCUUCCUAACCUCUUUCUUGAUUGGAGCCCCUGCCCUUACAUUCUGCAUAAGGAUGCUCGUGUGGAUUCAAAAAGACGAUCCUAUCUUCAACUACACCGUUCUGACUUCAGCAUUUAUCCUCACCCUCUUGGUGUUUACGUUUCUAUUCUUGGCAUCAGCUAGAGAUCCAAGAAUCAUCCCAAGAAAUAAAACAUCAGUAAAUCUUGAAGAUGGCUCAAAUAGUUCCUUGACACAGUCUAUGGAAUGGGUCAACAACAAAACUCCUCAUCUCAAGAUUCCUAGAACAAAAGACGUUUUCGUUAACGGCUACACUAUCAAAGUCAAGUUCUGUGAGACUUGUUUGCUCUACCGUCCACCACGUGCAUCACACUGCUCCAUAUGUAACAACUGUGUCCAACGCUUUGAUCACCAUUGUCCAUGGGUUGGACAAUGCAUUGCCCAUAGAAACUACCCGUUCUUCAUCUGCUUCAUCUCAACGUCAACGUUGUUAUGCAUAUACAUCUUUGCGUUCUCAUGGAUCAAUCUAAUCCAACAGCCUAGGAGAUUGUGGAGUACAAUGUCUCAUGACAUAAUCUCUGUCAUUCUCAUCAUCUAUUCAUUCGUUUCUAUCUGGUUCGUUGGUGGCCUUACCAUUUUCCAUGUCUAUCUUAUGUCUACAAAUCAGGUAAAACACUUAGCUAUACCAUUAGGAACAUACUUGAAAAUCUUGUUAUCUAACAUCUUUCUUUGUGUUGUGUCUGUUUUUUGGCAGACAACUUAUGAGAAUUUUCGGUCCCGUUAUGAUAAGAAAGAAAACCCUUACAAGAGAGGGUUGCUGAAGAACGUUAAAGAAGUGUUGUUCGCCAAGAUCCCACCUUCUCAACUAGAUCUCAGAGCAAUGGUCCCAGAAGAAGAUGACGGAUCUGAGUAUGAGUCAGAGUAUAGCUCUUCCAUCAGAUAUGAUAAUGAAAAGGGAGGCAAACUCCCUAAAAGGGUGAGCCCGGAGAAGCUUAACUUAGAUAAUAUUGACACUAGCAAUGAAUACGAGACAGCUAAAGAUGAUGCUUCUUCUGAGCUUGAUCCUUCUUUCUUCUCAUCUCAACUAGACUUGCCUAAGUAACAGCACUGAAAUGACCCUCUUUAAUGUUGUAUCAUAAUUUAUCUAUAUUGUCAGGAAUAUUCUGAUGGAAUAGCAAGUACUCAAAGGAUUAGCUAGGUUUUAUUAGAGACCUAAAGUAAAAUUGUACAAAUGUGGCCCUUGAAGUUUUAUACUAUUUUUACUUAUAUAACUCAAUAUUUUUGUUAGGGUUAAAACAUAAAUUUUGAGAAAAAAUCAAAAAUAUGACAAUAUUGUUUUAAUUCAUAGUUGGAUCCUGCACUAACAUACGAUGAAUUUCAAAUAGGUUUAGAACCUUUGUUGUCUCCGUUUCUCUAGAGAAUAGCGAUUUGAUAGUGGUUAGUCCACUAAUUUAGAGAGUAUCAUA